UUCACUGAAAGACAAACAAGGAGGUCAAGGCUGACUGCAAGUGCAUCAAAGAUUUCGACUGCUGAUGAGACUAAUGAUGCAAAAGAAAUGUCUGAAUUUGAGAGCAAAGAAUUGUUAAGUAGUUCACCGCAAUCAAAUAGGCAACACGAUCUAAUGAUUAGCAAGCGCCGAAGAAGUCAAUUUAAGACGGAGAACGACUCAAAGGAUUGGAUCGCAGCAGCUAAAACCAAAAAACAACGAGUGUCACGAGUGACUUCCACAGAAACUCUGCCGACGCGACCUCCGCCACAUUUUUGGCCCAUGUACAACCAAAUCAAGAAGAUGAGAAGCAGGAUUAAAGCACCCGUUGAUGAAAUGGGCUGUGCAAAUGUUGCGACUGCGGUCUCUGGUCUUUCCGAUGGAAAAGUGUACAGAUUCCAGUGUCUUAUAUCGUUGAUGCUCUCUUCUCAGACUAAAGAUGAGGUUAACUUUCAAGUGAUGAAAAUAUUACAAGAUUAUUUCAUUUCCAAAGGCUAUGAACAUGGUUUGUCUUUGGAGGCUAUACUUGACAUCGACGAACUCGUCUUGGAUCAGCUAAUUUAUAAGGUUGGUUUUCAUCGCAGAAAAGCGACAUAUAUAAAACAAACGGCCAUCAUUCUUCAUGAGAAAUACAAUGGAGAGAUUCCUCGAACAAUCGAGGAAAUUACUUCAUUUCCUGGUGUGGGUCCAAAAAUGGGAUUCUUGUUGUUGCAAAUAGCCUGGAAUAUCAACACUGGUAUUGGAGUGGAUACACACAUGCAACGAAUGGCGAGAAUAUUCAAGUGGGUACCUGCAAGCAAGAAUAUGGAUCCUGAAUAUAUAAGGCGAUGUUUUGAAAGUAUGCUUUGGGACCACAAAGAGGAAUGGUCAAGAAUCAAUCCCAUAUUAGUUGGUUUUGGUCAAGUUGUUUGUUUACCUCAGAGGCCAAGAUGUGAUGUUUGCACUUUGUCAAGGACAGGUAUCUGCCCUGCAGUCGAUAAAGCGUUGUUGAAGAAGGCCGAUAUGGACAAAAAAAAUGGUAUCAAGAUUGAUUCAAAAAGCAGAGGUGAUCUUACCAAUUUGAUCAAAGACAUCGAAGACCUAUGUUAAGAUUGAAUCAAGCCCGUGUGUUUUCUCCUCAUAUACUGUGUCCAUUAUGUCUAUGGAAACUACUUGGACAUUUGCAGAUAGACUGUGCAAUUCAUCAUGGGAAGACAUAGGUAAGGUAUAGGUCAGAAAUGCUCCUAACAAUAAUUUGAGCAUAGUGUUCAAAUAGCAGUAUCUUUCUCGUCAUCCAAUGAAACACCUUGAUAAUGAAACCUUUUCCUGGAUUGAGGAAUUUCGAUUUGACCGCAUGAAACACUCUCGGGUCUCUCCGUUGUGUGCUUCAAUUUACAAAGCACUUGCUGAACUGUUGAUACCAAACCAAAAACAUUUGAACAGCUAUUCAAAUUACACUGAAAAUUCAAGGGGUGUGACUGACCUGAAAGAUUUCUGUAGAUGCAUGUUAGAUUCGAAUUAGUGAUGAUUAACAUAAGGAAGCUUGUUGCUCAGAUACCAAUAACCGAGCAUUUUGCUUUCCGCCACCAAAAGGACAUCAAUAUCCUUGUUCUAAUGAAUAAGUCUGGUAGAUUCAUAAAUCUAAUAAGGGCUUCCCGUCAAAACAUAAGAAUUCCCUACCUUACCACAAUAUUUUCCUCCAUACUCACUUUGAGGGAAGUCAAAGAACCACCAUGUUUUUUGAGGGUGAAUAAUCAGAAGGUACCAAGAGGGAAAUUGAUGUCAAAAAGGUGUAUAGCAUGAAGACAUCAUCUUGAAACCCUGUAAAGUUGCAUUGUGUCUAUUAUGACUUUUCUUGUCGUCCUGCGACGAACUAUGAUAGGUUGGUAUGCAUUGUCGGCUAAUUUCAAGUAUCAUGUCAAACUGUUCGAACAUUGCGGCGCUAUAUACAUAGUAAUAGA